UUUCUGGUACAAGAAAAACAAUAUCGGCAGUGCAUUUGGAAAGCAAUGCACAUUCGUGCAACCCAUCAAACGUAAUCGUUUAUUGGAUAUACCAAAUACAAACAUUAAGUGAAAUCGAAAAGGGGGAGAAUGAAGCGGCGCAAUGCGGACUGCAGCAAACUCCGUCGCCCGUUAAAACGGAACCGAAUCACCGAGGGUAUUCAUAGCAGUACCUUCCUUUACCUGAAAUUCUUGGUGGUGUGGGCUCUGGUGCUUCUGGCUGACUUUGUGCUGGAAUUCAGGUUUGAGUACCUGUGGCCAUUCUGGCUCUUCAUCCGGAGUGUGUAUGACUCCUUCAGGUACCAGGGACUGGCUUUCUCUGUGUUUUUCGUAUGCGUUGCAUUCACAUCAGACAUCAUAUGCCUCCUCUUCAUCCCAGUCCAAUGGCUCUUCUUUGCUGCCAGCACAUAUGUGUGGGUGCAGUAUGUAUGGCACACAGAACGAGGCGUGUGCCUGCCAACUGUAUCCCUCUGGAUACUUUUUGUUUACAUCGAAGCUGCCAUCCGAUUCAAAGACUUGAAAAACUUCCAUGUUGACCUCUGCCGUCCCUUCGCUGCCCACUGCAUUGGCUACCCGGUGGUGACGCUGGGCUUCGGCUUCAAGAGCUACGUGAGCUACAAGAUGCGUCUGCGCAAGCAGAAGGAAGUGCAGAAGGAGAAUGAGUUCUACAUGCAGUUGCUGCAGCAGGCGCUGCCGGCAGAACAGCAGAUGCUCCAGAGGCAGGAGAGGGAGGCCGAGGAAGUAGCCGCGGCGAACAAGGGUGUGUCAGACAGCGAGUCCACAGCGGUGUCCCAGAAUGGCGUCCCCGCCUCCAAGAAGCUGCCCGUCAACCUGCCCGAGCUGGAGUACCGGGAGAAAGGCGGAAAAGAAGGAGGUGGUGGUGGUGGCAAAGACCGCGAAGCCAAGAAACAACAGCAACAGCAACAGCAACAGCAGCAGCAGCAGCAGCAGCAUCAACAGCAGCACAGCAUAGGGAUCAACAACAACAUCUUACACACGGUGGACUCCAAGCUCCAGGAACUGGAGUACAUGGAGAACCACCUGAGCAGCAAGAGACUGAAUAACGAGCUGGCCGGCAGCGCCGAGAACCUGCUCGUCAAAGACGAGGCGGGGCCUCCCCCCAACAACAACAACAACUCCUCAACUUCCUCCACCUCUUCCUCCUCCUCCUCCUCGUCCAAUAAGAACUAUAAAAACGCCACAGGGGGCGGGAGCUCGUCGCCGCGCAGCCACAGCUCCACCAAUGGCAGCGUGCCCACGUCGUCCUCUGCCGCCUCCUCGUCCAAUAAGAACGAGAAGAAGCAGAAGUGCUCGGGUGGGAAGAGCCCGGCAGCACACAAGGAGACGAUGGAGAACUGCAUCCCCAACAACCAGCUGAGUAAGCCGGAUGGACUCGUACGGCUGGAGCAGGACAUCAAGAAGCUGAAGGCGGACCUGCAGGCGAGCCGGCAGCUGGAGCAGGACCUGCGCAGCCAGAUCAGCUCGCUGAGCAGCGCCGAGCGGAGCAUGCGCUCCGAGCUGGGCCAGCUGCGCCAGGAGAACGAGCUGCUGCAGAACCGGCUCCACAACGCGGUGCAGGCCAAGCAGAAGGACAAGCAGACCAUCGUGCAGCUGGAGAAGCGGCUGAAGGCCGAGCAGGAGGCGCGCGCCACCGUCGAGAAGCAGCUGGCCGACGAGAAGAAGAGGAAGAAGAUAGAGGAGGCCACGGCGGCACGCGCCGUCGCACUGGCCGCAGCCUCCAGGGGGGAGUGCACAGACUCGCUUCGCGGUCGCAUCCGUGAUCUGGAGUCCGAGUGCAAGAAGAUCACGCAGGACACGAAGCUGAAGGAGGAGCAGAUCAGAGAUCUGGAGGUCAAGGCACAGGAGCUGCGCAAAUACAAGGAGAACGAGAAGGAGACGGAGGUGCUGAUGUCGGCCCUGUCGGCCAUGCAGGAUAAGACCCAGCACCUGGAGAACAGCCUGAGCGCCGAGACCAGGAUCAAGCUGGACCUCUUCUCUGCUCUGGGCGACGCCAAGAGGCAGCUGGAGAUCGCGCAAGGUCAGAUUAUGCAGAAGGAGCAGGAGAUCAAGGAGCUGAAGCAGAAGAUUGCGGAGGUGAUGGCCGUCAUGCCCAGCAUCUCCUACACCAGCGAGGCCAACAGCAUGAGCCCCGUGGCGCCUCACUACUCCUCCAAGUUCAUGGACACCAGUCCCUCCAGCCUGGACCCCAACGCCUCCGUCUACCAGCCCCUCAAAAAGUGAACUCUGACCUCCUCUCUCCCUCCCUCCAUUCAUCUAUCCCUCCAGCUCUCCUUUCAUUCCUUCCCUCCAUUUUUAUUUCUCCUAUGUUUUUUCCCCUUCUUCGUUCAGUUUGGUAAUAACCUUGAUGUGUGUGUGUGUGUGUGUGUGUGUGUGUGUGUGUGUGUGUGUGUGUGUGCGUGCGCGGUCCUGCGUGUGUGUGUGUACCACUGGUGGGAUUUGUUCCUUUGUUUAAAUUGUUUGUUUGUUUUGUUGUUUUUUUCUCACCCAAGUUAAGACUUUUGUAAUGUGACUCAUUUGCUCAUUGGCAAGAGAAGAAGGAAAGUAAGGGAUAUCAUAAACCAAGACUGCCCAUUUUUGUUCCCUCGUUUUUUUUACAUGUAUACAUAUAACUGUCUUUUCAGAAGCCGUUAAAAAAAGCUGUUUGUUUUAGCACCCAUAUGUUGUCAUGGGUCUUUAGGAAGAUAAGACGGAAAAUCUUCUGCCACUGGUUACCUUUUGGUCAGAAAUGGUGGCAGUGCAUUUACUUUUAUGGUAAAUGGUAUCAUCUCUUAAGUUUCAAUGAAUGUAACAGAAAAUGGAACAAAAGAAGCCGACAAAUUAUGUUUUGUGUCAUUUCCUUGAAAAGGAAACAAUUUGUGAAAUCAUUGUCCCACUUUUAUUUCUUGAAAUGGUGUGAUUGUUUUGGAAAAAGCACAUUUCAGUCCAGUUAUGACCAUAGCAAUGUACAUUUUUCUCUUCUUAAAAAAAAAUGCAUUUCAUCAUUGUGACCUUUUUCUUUCUUUCUUUUUUUUGUUGUUUUGUUUUUAAAACACAGUUGGCCAUAUGUGAUUUUCGUUCCUGAACAUGGGUACAUGGGUACUGAAAUGAACACUUGGUCUCUCAGACCAGCCCAAUAUUUGUUUUGUAUUCUUAAAAAUCUCGUGAAGAAAAUAGUUAAUUCAGAAGGGACUGACGGUGGCAUGGUGUGUAUUAAUUUAAUGCUGCAAAAACAUUUGGGGAAUGUUAUCUUUGAAUUAAUUGCAUAAUCUUUUAUUCUUGGACCAAAAUUACAUAGGACAUAGUAUUCUUUUAAGCAAUGCAAAACAACAGCGGAAGAAAAGAAAAAAAAAAACAUUGAAUAUGAUGAUGUCUAGGUAACUGAAAUUUGCCAGUUGUCAUACUACACUGUGCCUUGAGAUCUCUUCUCACACACACACACACACACACACACACACACACACACACUCAUACUCCGCAAAAUACAUAAACCCACAUGAAACACAAUUCACUCUUCUGACAAGUCUUUACAGUCUCCCAGAAUCCUUAGCAAGUCUCACCUCACACACACACACACACACAUACAUACACAUACAUACAUGCAUACAUACACACACACACAUAUACCUUACCCAGUUGUGUUGCUUCUGCUUAGUUCCUCAGUGACUCCUGUUGUGGUGUAAGGGAAGAGUUGGAUGUGGUAGGGGGAGUGGGAGUGGGGGGGUGUGUUAAGCCCGACCUGCCAAUUACCCCCCAGGAGGACCCCACCCCUCAUCAGGGCCAUGGGCCGCCAUCGAUUUGUUUACGACAAUGUAAAAUAACUUUUUUUUUUUCUGCUGAAUGUUUGUUUAGAUUUUUGGGGUUUUUUCUUUUUUUCAUUUUUUAAGUCAAAAAGUGCCAAGUUAAUGGAUGUUUGUAUCUGGGUUCAUGUUUUGUUUGGUAUUCCUCCAUGCAUAUUUAUUUCAAAAUAUGGUGAUCAUAACAAUGUAACAUAAUACGUUGGCAAAAGCACUGGAGCGUAUUUUUGUUUUCCUUCGGUGAUUGUAAGAAUGGAAAGGAAAGGGUGAGCCUUUGGUUACAUCCCCACCCUCCCACUCCCCCCUUUUUCUUCAUUCAGAGUUUUGUUCCUUCAGAGGUUGCAUCAUGUUACAAAGAGGAGCAGCUCAUCUACUUUUGACUUUGUUUUUGUAAUUUUUUUUUUGUCUCCAGUGGGAUAGCUUUGUUAAAGUGUUGCAUCUAUCUUUUUAUUGUACCUCUCCCCACUCUCACUCCCAAGUCUACCCUCCUAUUCCUUAGCGUUGACCAUGUAUGGUUUAUGGCCUACCUUGGAAAAGUAUUUCUGUGGAUUGCAAUGGCGUUGUACUGGAUUAUUGACAUUUUUUGUAAAACUUUGUGGAGAGUAAAAGGAAAAAAAAAAAAGUUUUGUUUCUCUCUGUUGCUCGUCCACUUUGUUACUUUCUAGAAUGGAUUUCCGCUGCGUUCUCUCACUUUGUGGGGUUUACGAAACCAUUAAAUGAAAUCUUGCUGGUUAUGCAAGAUGUUUGAAAUUG